UAUUAUGAGAGAUGUUCAAGGAGGCUGGCUACUUCAAUAUAUGCGCGCCAAUGGAGCAAGUAUGUGGGCGACCGUUAGGUUACCUGGAGUUAAUUACGGAAGGCUCUAACAAGAAGAAGUGCAAAGCUGGUAGUCCGAUCGAGUCCUUCGGAUGCAUGUGUGCGACCGCGUUUUAUAAUUAUUAUAAGCAAAAUCCGGAGGAGGGUAUGUGCUUAGUUUAUGUCUUUGCAGAGGGCGAGCCAGUGAAAAUGUCUCCAGAGAUAAAGGGAGUGGUCACUAAGUACCCUGAUCUAUUUGAAGAGCCGAAAGGGGUUGUUGAGAGGGAGGUCGUCCACACGAUAGAGAUUAUCCCAGGGUCUAGUAUUCUGAAGGGUAGGAUCUAUCAAAUGUCUCCAGCUGCGCUUGAUGAGCUUCGCCAACAACUCAAGGAACUCAUAGAGAAGGGUUGGAUCCGGCCGAGUGUCUCCCCUUACGGAUCUCCUGUCUUAUUCGUGCCAAAGAAGGGGGGGACCUCGAGGAUGUGCAUUGACUAUAGGGGCCUCAAUGCCAUCACUGUGAAAAAAGCAGAGCCCCUAUCGCGCAUCGAUGACUUGUUGGACCGAGUGCAAGGGUGUCGGUACUUCAGUAAGAUAGAUCUGAAGUUCGGGUACCAUCAGAUUGCAAUACGGCUCGAGGAUCAACACAAAACCGCUUUUCAGACCAGGUACGGUCUGUAUGAGUUUGUGGUGAUGCCUUUCGUCCUUUGCAAUGCUCCUGGCACCUUUCAGCAUGCCAUGAACCGGAUCUUUCAUGACUACUUGGACAAGUUUGUCAUCGUGUACCUCGAUGACAUACUUAUCUUUAGUAGGACAGUCAAGGAGCAUGUUGGCCAUUUAGUCCUUAGCCUCCUUCGGCAACACCAGUUCAAGAUCAAUCGGGAGAAGUGUGAGUUUGGACACACCCGGAUUUUGUAUCUGGGUCAUGGGAUUUCCGCAGAGGAAUUGAAGCCCGAUGACGAGAAGGUGGCCAACAUUCGUGAUUGACCGCAUCCUCAAUCUGUGACUGAGAUGAGGUCCUUCUUAGGGAUGACCGACUACUACCGCAAUUUUGUGAAGAACUAUAGCAUAGUGGCCACACCUUUGACGGACCUGACACGCCUUGACACCCCUUGGGAGUGGAUAGACAGGUGUGAGGCUGCUUUCAGACAUCUGAAGCACUCCUUGACACACCAUGAGGUCUUGAAACUUCCUGAUCCUGACAAGCCAUUCAUAGUAACCACGGAUGCCAGCCAAUAUGGCAUUGGUGCCAUGCUUGCGCAGCAGGAGGGGCCAAAGUUGAGGCCAGUCGAGUACAUGUCCAAAAAGAUGCCCUCUCAUGCAUCUAUAAAGCGCUAACCCACUGGAGGCACUACCUCCUUGGGAGGUUCUUCUACGUCAGGACUGAUCAUCAGACCCUGAAGUGGAUGAGAACCCAGCCAGCGCUCUCUGAUGCGCUGAAACGCUGCACCUGGCACAUUAGAAUUCGCCUAACGAUAUGAGCAAUUAAUGCAGCAAGCGGUGGAACAGAUGCACAAAGCACAGGCGGUAAUGAUAGAAUCUGAGAACAAACACCGCCGUUUAUC